AUGAAAUUAUUAUAUAGUUUAAUAAUUAUUUUUUGUUUUGUUUUUGUAGCCCAAUCAGUUAAUAUUAAUAUUAAUAAUGCUUACCGUACAAUUGAUGGCCCAUCAAAAGAUUUAUUCCAUCAUUGGACAAAACAAAAUGGUAAAAUUUAUGAAACCUCUGAAGAAUUUGAAAAAAGAUUUUCAAAUUUCAAAACCAAUCUUAAAAAAAUUGAAAAUUUAAAUAAUCUUCACAAGGGGAAAGCUUCAUUUGGUAUGAAUAAGUACUCUGAUCUAUCCGAAGAAGAAUUUUCAAACUUUUAUUUGAUGAAAAACUUUAAAGGAAAACCAGAAGAAGAACGUGACUAUAUCAAAAAACCAGAAAAUCCAUCAUCCAAUUUAAUUGGUGGUUAUUUAAAUACUGAUGAUGGUCUUAAAGCAAUGUACCAAGUUGAUUGGAGAAAUAAAGGUCUUGUUACUCCAGUUAAGGAUCAAGGACAAUGUGGAAGUUGCUACAUUUUUAGUGCUACUGAACAAAUUGAAUCAGAAUAUAUUAGAGCUGGCCAUAAAGCUAUCUUACUUUCUGAACAACAAUCAGUUGAUUGUGAUACUAUGGAUGGUGGUUGUGGUGGCGGUGAUCCUGCUAAUGUAUACAACUAUAUCAUAAGUGCUGGCGGUGUUUCAACUGAAAAGGAUUACCCAUACACUGCUCAAGAUGGUACUUGCUUUAACACUACUAGAGCUGUUUCCAUUACCGGUUUCCAAUAUGUUACCCAAAAUAGUGAUGAAGAUACUUUAAUUACAACAAUUGCUAACCAUGGUCCAGUUUCUAUUUGUGUUGACGCUUCAACAUGGCAAUCAUAUACUGGUGGUAUUAUUACUACUGGCUGUGAACAAAACAUUGAUCAUUGUGUCCAAGUCGUUGGUUUAGAUAUUGAUAAAACUGAUCCAUCAAAUCCAAUUCCAUACUAUAUUAUUCGUAAUAGUUGGGGAACCUCAUGGGGUGAUAAAGGUUAUAUUUAUGUUGCCCAAGGUUCCAAUCUUUGUGGUAUCACCUAUGAAAGUACUAUUGUUUCUAUUUAA